UCACUGACGUGAAUGGAAAAGAGGCGAGUUGCGGACAUAAUCUGAGCAGUGUCGAGUACAGGGUAGGGAAUAAAGGGCUGACAUUCUCUUCUCGGGUCGACGGUUGUAGCGCACACCUCUAGGGUGAAAUUGAAAAGAUUUACACCUCAGUUGGUUUAAUGUACGUGGUGUAGAACAGCACCGAAGGUCACCGCGUUCCGCCCUAUUCUGCUUGAUUUGCUUUCAACUUUAUCAGAUCCAUCAGUACGACUGGCCUAUUCAGAAGGAGAGAACAGCAAACUGGAGCAUACUCGUCCUGUCUUCACGAUCAAGAGAAUUUAACAGAGGCAAAUGAGGACAAAUGAUAGAUGACAAGCCAGCUGAAAGGAUUACGAUAUCUUGAGCCCGAUCUGUUAUUUUUUUGAUAAUUUUUUUUUACCAAAAGCUGUGACUUUGGCUUCCUAAUUUUCUUUAAACACCCCAUUUUUAAUUGACAGUAUUUGUCAGUUUUGUUGUCUGUAACAAAUUCCGGGGUAUCUGUUUUUUUUUUUUGUGUUUUUUUUUUUUUGGAUCUCCCUUUCACUGUUACUAGAACACGUUUGUGGGAGUGAAGGAAUUUUUUUCCAGCAUUUGUUCAUUUGGUUUCCCUUUUGGCAAACUCAAUUUGUCAAGUUAUCUUUCCGUUUAUUGUUUAAACUACUACUUUGCUUAGUUUAGAGGAAGAAAUGACUUUAUAAAUGGAACUUUCCCAACGGGGAAACUAACUGGAAUUUGUCGAGUCCUUGACAAACAUUCUUUUGUGUGUCAGGAGUGUGUCCGUGUUCUUGAGAAUUGGGGCUUCAUUGACAAAUUUCAGUGGAAAGAACCGAGACACUCAACGCAAGAGCUUCUCUAGCCUAAAACUCAGUGACCUCUCUAAAGACCCAAGUGGGAGAACAUUACAAGGUAGUUCUUUGGAAAUGGGAUCAGAAAAAGACUCUGAAUCGCCCCACUCUUCUGUUAGUGGCAUUCCCAAUCCCAAAUGCCGUGGGCCUGGAAAGAAGCAAGGCAGGAUCUCCUUUCAAAGUCUCUUUCAUAGUAAACGUGGAUCCAGGGGGACCAAGGCUAAUGUGGGCACUCCUCUCACACAACAGCUGCACCAACAGCAACAACUCCAACAACAACAGCUUAUCCAGCCCCCAACACCCACUAAUGUUUCGUCUGACCCAUCUAAGUCAGACUCGGCCGAGCCACUGUCUGCCAGCCAGGCCUCCCUAAGUGGGCAAGAACUCCUAGAGUGUCCCCUGUGCCUGGUGCGACAACCUGUGGAGCAGCUUCCUGAGCUCCAGGGUUGCAGUCACCGGUCCUGUCUGUGUUGUCUACGGCAAUACUUGCGGAUCGAGAUUACGGAGAGUCGAGUCCAGCUCAGCUGCCCAGAAUGUGCAGAGCGACUGGCCCCACGGCAGGUGGCUGUCAUCCUGGAUGAUCCCGUCCUGAUGGAGAAGUACGAGGAGUUCCUGCUACGCCGCUGCCUGGCGUCAGACCCUGACUGCCGAUGGUGUCCCGCCCCGGAUUGUGGUUUUGCGGUAAUUGCAUCUGGAUGUGCCAGCUGCCCCAGGCUGGUGUGUCGAAGGGAAGGGUGUGGUGCCGAGUUCUGUUACCACUGCAAGCAGACUUGGCAUCCUAACCAGACCUGUGACUCUGCCCGACAGCAGAGGGCGCUGUCCUUCAGAACACACAGUAACCAUUCACCCAGCUACACGGCCGAGCAGGGACACACUGAUGACAUCAAACCUUGCCCUCGAUGCGGUGCUUACAUCAUCAAAAUGAAUGACGGCAGCUGUAAUCACAUGACCUGUGCUGUGUGCGGCUGUGAGUUCUGCUGGCUCUGUAUGAAGGAGAUAUCAGACUUGCACUACCUCAGUCCAUCAGGUUGUACAUUCUGGGGAAAGAAGCCAUGGAGUCGCAAGAAGAAGAUUCUUUGGCAGCUGGGCACUUUGAUUGGUGCACCAGUGGGCAUCACUCUGAUCGCUGGAAUUGCAGUUCCUGCUAUGGUUAUCGGUAUCCCGGUUUACAUUGGACGCAAGAUUCACUCGCACUAUGAGGGGAAGAAAACUUCACAUCACAGAAGAAAUCUUGCCAUCACUGGAGGUGUGGCUCUGUCAAUCAUCACAGCCCCUGUUAUUGCUGCUGUCAGUGUGGGCAUUGGUGUUCCCAUCAUGUUGGCGUAUGUGUAUGGUGUUGUGCCUAUCUCUCUGUGCCGUGGUGGGGGCUGUGGGGUGAGCCGAGGGAAAGGACGAGGUGUGAGGAUAGACUUUGAUGACGAUGAUGGACCUAUUACAGUUGCUGAUGCAUGGCGAGCACUGAAGUCUCCCAGCUUGGGUGAGAGCAGUUUGGAGGGAGGAGCCAGUGGCCUCAGUACUACCUCUCCAAGUGAGGGCCUAUCAGUUGCCCCAGGUGGCCUGGGAGACACACCCCACUUUAACACACUAGCAGGAGGAGCGCUUGGUGCUAGGACAGGAAAAUACAGCAGGCUGGAAGUGCAGGGAACAGAGCUUGGUAAGGAAGGUGCUGUUAGGGAGACAGGCAGCUUGGGAGCAGCCAGUGACUGUGCCAGCACAAGGGGCAUGGCAGGAUCCAUCACUUCCACUUACACCUUACCUGACAGAGAGAGCACUAACCUUGAGAUCCAGGUGGACAUUGAAACUAAACCCAGCCAUCUGUGUCUGACCACUGAGGAGGAUCUGGCUCCACCCACUGCCGCAAUGGCACCCCGUUCAGCGGAGGAGCCCCAGGACUGCAGUUCCCGCCGGAGCGGAGUGUUGUUGGAUUCCCCUCUAGGGCUGUCCCCCGGGGUGUCACUCAGGGAGGCUCUUCGAGAUGUCACCCUCGCUCAGCCAGAAAGCAUCCGCAGUGACCUGGAGAUGUCCGACACGCAGUCGGACGAUAUCGCGGAGCUCACGUCUGAUGACUGUGACUCGCCCCACCCCAAGAGCUGUCACGCUGCUCCCCCGCCACAGACAACUUGCAGAGCCUUGAACCCCAACGACAGCCUGCACUGUCCCGACAAUGUCAUUCUUUACGUGUGAGAGACUCACACAGUUGCACAAGCCCAACUGUUUCUGAGCUUUUGACUUGUUAAUGCUUUAUGUAUUAUUUUGCUGCUUUUUAUAAUUAUUAAAACACCUUACUUGCAUCCACACAACUCAUGGAACUGACUGAUCAUCACUCUUCUCUCCUGUCUGCCUUAUUAUAAGCCCGGACAGGUCCUCUACCUCUUCAGAAAUUCAUACUGUUAUUCAUUAGUUGGUGUUUACUUCUUGGUGCAACAAUGCCUUGAGCAAAAAAAAAAAAAAAGGUUAAAAGGAUAGUUCACCCAAAAAUUACAGUUAUGUCAUCGUUUAGUCACCAUCAUAGCGUUCCAAACCCAAAUGAUUUUUUUUUCUUUCUUUCAUCAAACACAAAAGGAGAUGUUAGGCUGGAAAUUCACAUUGCUCUUUUCCAUACAAUGAAAGUAAAUGGUGACCAGGGGUUGUCUUGCUUCAAAAAUUACAUAAAACCACCAUGAAAGUAAUUCAUAUGACUUAAAUGCCAUAUUCCAAGUAUUCUGAAGCCAUACAAUAGCUUUGUGUAAGGGACAGAGUUAAAUUUAAGCUGUUAUUCACUGACAAUAUUCACAUUUUAUUAUUUAUUAUUAUUGUUAUUAUUUUAUACUUGUACUUGUUAGGGAACUUCUUUCUGGUGCUUUUAUGUUGUUUUUGGAGCUUGGCAGCCCCUGGUCAUCUAUACAUUUUCAUUGUAUGUAAAAGGGCAGCCUGAACACUUUUCAAAAUACCUCUAUUUCUGUUCCACAGAGUAAAGAAUGUCAUACAGGAUUUUGAAAGAUAUGAGGGUGAGUAAAUGAUGCCAGAAUUUUAGGGUGAACUGUUCCUUUACAUUUGGUACUAUAAUUUACACAAUUUCCUUAGAAAGCAAACAAACAAACAUAAAAUGCUACAAAGUAAAAUGUCACCAAGCACAUGUAUAUGUGAGAGGCUUUUGAAUGGUUUAGAGUGACUUACUUGACAUAUUUCAGUAUUGUUUGUAUGUUUGUUUUUCUUUGUUUUGAAUCUGUAUGACCUGGAAAUUGUAUGAUUUGCUGUAUGCAUGUGAGUGCAUGUUCUACGCUAGUAUAUGCGAAUACAAGCAGAGUAUUGUUUUGGUCGCAUUGGCCCAGUUUGCACAGAAGAAAACACUUCAUCUACACAGUGAAAGAGAGAGAGAGAUCAGUAUAGAGUAAGGUCAGUGCAAUGGGAGACUGAUCCAAACUUCACUUGUAGACAGUUUCACUUGAUUCACUGACUGCUUGCCUUACAAAAAGAGCACAUGCACUCCCUUACAUUGUCUGUGACUCACUGACAACACUGUUUGUGCCCUCUUGAGCUGAGAAAAUGGACAUGUGUGUUUGCUAUAUAUGUGUGUAUGUUUACCAGUGUUGAUUCUAUUGAUGGGUAUUAAAUCUUAUAGUAUCAAGGGUGGGAUGGCCAUUAACAUGCAUGUUGUUAUUAUUAUUAUUAUUUUUGGCACACAGGUUUGAAUUGUUUUUGCACAAUGCAAUUUUUUUUUUUUUUUUUUACCUGCUAGCUGGAUGUAUGGAGAGAGAAGGGUUGGAUGAAUGGAUGGAUGAGCACUCCUGCACUUUAUCCCACUAUUUAUCAUUGUUCUACAUUGUAGGCUUAUAUUUAUGCACUCCCUCUUUCUUUUAUUUUCAGUUUCUCUGGGAUUAUGGAAUAUUUGGACACUGUAGUCUACAGUAUGAUUUUGCUAUUUAAAUUUGGAUGUAAUAGAAUACUGAACGUUUCAUAAUCUCAACAUGUUACUAUGCUUUCUGAAUCUAUGGCGCAACUCUCGUGAUUAUAAAAUUUGCCUGCAGAGAGGAUCCUCGAUUUUUACAUACAGUAUAUGAUGGAUUAGCUUUGUCUUGUAAUCACAAAAGAGGAUUUGUGGUUUACACAUCUCUAGCUUUUUUGUUGUUGUGUGAGGAUGCUUUUAUACUUUUAAGGUUUACAAGCAACUUGUGAAAAGUGCUUGACAAUUUGACCAUAAACUGGUUAUGGUGAAAUGAGUGUUAACAACUAAAUUGAGUUAAAAAGGCAAUAUGCAGACAAGACUAAAGGUGUGUUAAAUCUGUUUUGUACAUCCCUACAAAGAUAACUGCACUGGCUGUGAGUGUUUGAAACAACAUGAAAAUAAACAUUUCCUCCUUGUGGCAA